AUGGGAAUCCAACUCUCACCCCACUUUCCAAGAUCCAUUCUUUCUGCCUUGAAGGUGGCGCUCCCCGCCGCGCUCUCCCCAGCGCUCGCCAUGGCGCUCUGGCUUGUCGCCUUCAACGUCUCGUCGUGCCACGCGCAAGUGAUAAAUGCUUCUCAAGGGUUGUUUCUCAGCGACGUCCAGACGGAAUGGGGCAUGGGGUGGAAGGUGGGAGACAAUUGCAGCACUGUGGCAGGCAUCAUGUGCGACGCUUCAGGCAUGAUCACCUGGAUGAAUCUUUGGGGCAACAAUCUCACAGGCUCCAUUCCCGACAGCAUCUCUGCGCUCACGGCACUCGAAUACUU